AAAAAACAUAACAGAUCUGGUAAGGCAUAUUUCCAAUUUUCCAUUGCGUCCUGGACUGCUGGUUAAUAUCUCUUUAUAAAAAAUUCUUAAAAUCCUUUAAUUUAUUCAUCCAGAUUCCAUCUCCCCCUCCCAGUCUCUUGAUCACACGUCUCAAAUUGACAAAAAACCAUAUUCAUCUCACUGUAGCAGCAGAAAGAAGAAACUUAUAAACCUACCUCUCUUACUCCUACCCUGACAGUAGAAUUACGAUCGAACCAACCUAUCCUUUCUCUCCAUUUGGAUCGUUGAAAGUGAAACUAUUCUUCUCAUAUGAAAAUAUCCUUUAGCAGGCUUCAGACGCAACGAAACAUCAGGGAUUGGUGAAGAGAUCGCUAAGUUUUUCAUCGUUACUGAAAAUUUUUCCAGCUAGAAUCUCUGUAGACCCAGAAAGAACUUGUGGGCUUUGUUUACAUUCCUGUUUUAUGGGGAAAUUCGUCUAGGAAAACCUGCUGAGGCUUACAAAUCCAAUACAAAUCUUGGGAGAUAGUUCAGUUCUGUGCAAGAACUCUUCAGGGGUUUUCUUUUUUCUUGGUUAGGGUUUUCAAGAACAUCCAGAAAUCGAAUCCUGAUUUGGGAUAUUUUUAGGAAGAUAUGAAUUUCAGAAGCUUCGAUGAGUUCUGGCCGUUCUACGUCAAUCAACAUUCAAAACCAUUGACGAGGCGUUGGCAUUUCAUAGGCUCGCUUAUGGGAUUUAUCAUUCUGGUAUGUUCAAUUUUCUUCAAGUGGUGGUUUGUGUUCUUUGUGCCGAUAUUUGGUUACGGAUGUGCUUGGUAUAGCCAUUUCUUCGUCGAAGGGAACAUUCCAGCUACAUUUGGGCAUCCUUUUUGGUCUUUUCUUUGUGAUAUCAAGAUGUUUGGGUUGAUGCUUACUGGGCAGAUGGAUAAGGAGAUCAAGAGGCUUGGAAAGAGGCCAGUAUUGCAGGUCUUCUGAGAUUCCUUUAUAUGUCGGUUUGGGCGUUCCUGUAUGAGUCUUUCAGGUAUAACCCGCAGCUGCAUCUGGCGGUGGUUUUAUUUCUAUGGGAACUCAACAUUGUUGCGUGUUCUUUCUUCCUUUAUAUUUUUUCCCCACCACCUCCUCCUCCUCCUUAUAGACCAGAUGAAUGUCAUCUUGUAUAUGUUUCUUUAGAAUUUUAUCUGCAUACUUGAAUGUAUAGACAUGGUGAAUGAUUUUCACUGCAACUCUUUCUGGGUUGGGUUCUGUAACCAUAAAAGUUUACUCAGAAUUGUAUGCUCUGCCUCUGUUGCAGAAUACGUGCUCCUUUUAGUUUUUUAAAGUUAUCCGAAUUCGUGUA